GCUAAUGGUACUCAAAUUAAAACCGAUAAAGAUGAUCGUGGAUUUUGUUCCAGUUUAAUUCAAGGACAAAUCCCAUCCAAUUUGAACAUGGUCUCCUCUCUUAUCAUUAGUCCUACCGAUGGUGAAAAAAUUAAAGAAAAAAAACCUUUCGUUAUAAAAGUUAAGGUUAAAAAUUUGAAUACCGGUUUCUUUAGCGACCCUAAUGCUGAAUAUUAUACUGCACAACAACAACUUGGUAAAAACGGCUUUAUCAAUGGCCAUUGUCAUGUUACUGUUCAAAGAUUGGAUGGUGAUGAAAUUCCAGAUCCGACCAAAUUUGUUUUCUUCAAAGGAUUGGAAGAUAAGGCAAAAAAUAAUGAAUUAUCAGUUAAAGUUGAUCAUGGAUUACCAAGUGGUUUUUACAGAUUAUGUACAAUGGCCUCCGCAUUGACUCAUCAACCAGUUAUCAUGCCGGUUGCUCAACGUGGUUCUCAAGAUGAUUGCAUUCGAUUUAAAGUG